AUGAAGAGGGAGGAAGAGAGAGAGAGAGAGACACACAAGGAGAGAGAGAGUCGGUCGGUGCGACUCUUCCACACAGUCACUCAACGCCAGCGUCGGACCCGCCGAAAGCGUCGAUUCGAAAUGCAAGUUCAGCUCGACGCAAGAACCAAAACCGCGUCUCUCUUGACACAGGAGCACGGCUGCUCAAAAAGUUUUCCUCUUGGCUCACGACUCAGCCAUGUCGACAUUUCUUCAACGGGAAUAUCGCUGUUAAGUUCAACAAUUUUGGCUGAGCUUAGCCGCGUCGACUUUUGCUUUCGUUCCGAGAAGAUUUGCUCGCCCCGAUACUUUUCCGUAGCAUCGACACUGCAUCGACUGCAUCAUCUGCAUCAUCACCUUCACCAACAACGCCGGCAUCAUCAUCGGCUCCUGACUAGCAUCGACUUGUUACGGUUCAUCGUACACAUUCUCUCUCCCGGUACAGGCGCCCUUUCCCGCCAUCUCGCGCUCGACAUUCAGCUUCGACAACGCCCAUUUUUAGAAAUCAGUAGCUCGUCUGACCCAUUAGCCGCGAGGGAACGACAACUGAAAUCCUGUCGCCACCCGGAUCUUAUCGCUCUUACGACCCCCAUGAUCACUCUAUAG